AUGGCACCUGAGCAGUGCUAUCUUGGCAGAGCGGUGGAUCAGCCGGUUAACUGCCGGUCGAGACGUCGAAUAUCGCCGGCGGCGGCGUUUGGGUUUCGCAGUCUGGUCCUUUUACUGGUUCUCCUGGCAUUUCCAUUGGUGAGAGGGAUGCUGACAGAAGAAGUCCUUAGGGAGGCAGAAAGUCGGGUUCUGCCUUUACUCAAGAAGAGCCCCAUCAACCUUUCUUUUUUCAACAGCUCCCCCUUUUCCGCCGCCCAGCACGUUGUGGAAAGACUCUUAAAAGCGCGGCUGAAGCAGGUGCUUCCCCAAAUCAAGUCCUCGGAGUUUCACUUCAUCACGGGGAACACGUGGAUCGACUACAUUUUCCCCCGCUUGACGUCAGACUGCUUUAUGAUACGGCCCACCGAUACCUACACCUGGGAGCAGCUCACGAAUCGCGUACCUAACGGCGUAUCGCCGACGCACCGCAAAGAACUCUUUGACCGUCUCGCUGUGGGCGCCGAAAGGGAACUCAAGGACAGCCCAAUUGACCUUGUGGCUUUCGAAAGAGCUCAGGCGCCCGAGGACGCCCUCCAGCGUCUUUGUGAGAAGCUCUCUCCGGUUCUCGAACGCGUCAUGGAGAGAGAGUGGACGGCAAAGGAAAGGGAUGAAAUUUCAGUGAAGCAGGCCUUUCUUGGCGUGAAGCCAGUCCUCGACGGACCCGCAAUAUUUGUGCACUCGGGGGCGAUACCGGUCGGACAAAUCUUCGGUAUUUUCGUAGAGCCGAGUUGGCUCAAGGUCUCCCCCGGCUCUGGGCGCUCUGGGGAAACGGGUUCGGGGGACGACGAAACGGAACUGGAUUUGCUGGCUGUCCUCGCCGAGUUGCGGGACUAUGUCGCAGACUGCGUGAAGGGCCAGAAGAUUGACUUCGCCGACUUUGCACAAAUCUCUGAUCCGGCGGAAGCCUAUGAAGCUCUCAAGUUGCGUGUCCGGGGCAUGGUGGCGCAGAAGAGGCAGGAGUGGGGUGCAUUUGCGAAGGAAAAACUCUCGGCUGAUGUCAGCACAGACUUUGUACUCGGCGGGACGGAUCCCAAGAAGCUGUUCACGAACUCGAGCACGAAGAGAGCAACCGAAAUUUCCGGUUGGCGCGCUCGCCACGGCUGGGAUGAGAUUAUGCCGACAGGAAGCACAAUUGCGCGUUCGGCGGCCGCAUCAUCCUUCACAGCCGGAAGCUACGUGCUGUGUGCAUCCGUCAUUUCCCUCUUCAAGGCCAUCGCGUUUGAAUGA